AUGUUCUCACCAACGGUGCCCACAAGGUCACCUUCUAAGGAAGAUGAAAAGGACUACAGUCUAGUGCAAAGAGACUCCUUAGAAGAUGAGCUCUCGGAAGAAAUUGACGAAAAUGAAUUCGCGAUUGAAGAGGAACGAGACGUCGCUCAGCUGGUACAGGGAAAUGGCCUUGACUCUAGGACGCCCUCCCUUCCGCUCUUUACGCUUGUCAGAAUUAGCACCUUUCACUUUGGGUACCAUUUCUUCAACUUCUUGAUCGGUGCUGUGAUAAUGCCAGAUCAAAUUAGGCAAAUUGUCGGUGACGAAUCAAAGGGAACCGCAAUGUCCAUCGUAACCCUGGUUGCGGGCAUCUUCACGCUCUUCUUUGCUAUUGCCUAUGGAGCACUCAACGACCGUAAUUCGUAUCAGAUCAGCCCCAGACAUGGAAAACGGAGGCCAAGCAUCGUGUUGGGGACAGGAGUCAUGUGUCUCUCGCUCUUCUUUCUUUGGAGUGACCACAGUUUGGGAUUUUACAGUGUCGCCUAUCUCUUGUUGACGUUCGGGGUCAUUGUUGCAACGACACCUUUCCAAGCGCUGAUUGCCGAAGUGACUCCAAGAGAUCAGAAAGUUGAGCUUGCCAUGGCCCUGGAUACGCUACCUAACUCGGCUGAUGCAGCAAGAGAUUUUUCUUUAUGGCACUCCAGCUCGGUCGUGCCGUCCAUUGUUGCUGUUCCAAUAGCUGGAACAGUUAGAGACAUUUUACAAAGUGUUGGAGAUAAUGCUGGAAUCAAAUGUUUAGAUAUGGAAGAGGAGAGGACAACAACAGCGGGUCUGAACUCUCCCAUUACAAUAUCAGACUCUCCUGUCUGCCAGAAACAUGAACUGGAUGAUCCGUUUCGUAGAUUGCGAGUUUCAAAGGGAAAAGAACGAGCAAACGAACGAGCAGCAUCAACAGCACCAACAGCUCCUGCUAGGAUUGCUCCUGCGGUACCCAGUAGGCCCAGACGUAUAAUUAAGGACGAACCAUCUGACGACGACCACAACUUUCUUCCAACAUUUGACGACUCAGACGACGACUUUGAAAUUACAAGAAUCUCGCCUGGCAAAAGGAAGAGGCCAUCUGAAGCAGGUACCAAUACUCCUGUAGUGGACCUGAUUACGCCCAGUCCUGGAAGCAAACCGAAGAGCAACAAUAGUCGUUUGCCAUCACCUCCCAAACGACUUCAAUUCCUUGCCGGUGGAAGGAGUCGUACCCAUGUAAAUAAGAAAUCGAAACUAGAACGAUCUGUAAGCUCAAAUCUACCACGGCCGCAACCACGACCGCAAUCCACACGACAACCAACAUCACCGAAUCUGCCUCAACGUACAAGCCCUCGUAUGGCACAACGUAACUUGCUAUCAACCCCCACACAUACAGAUGAAGAUCUUCCUAGAUUUGACGACAUACCCACAAACCCAAUCGAAGCUGAUGAAGAAUUUGCUCGUAGGCUUCAAGCAGAAGAGUAUCAAGUAUAUCAAUCUGAAAAUCCUCUGCAGUCUAUUCAAUCCAUGUUGUCACAACAACCACCUCAGCCAGGUGGCUCCUCUUCUCGCUCUCGCCGAUUGAUUCAAAGUCGUAUUGUAGCUCCGGGUCUUCCAGUGUCUAGGCACUCUGCCAGAUAUUCUCGACGUGGUUACGAACAUGAUGAUGAAGACUAUAUCCCUCCUCCGGAUCGUCACGAAGAGUUUGUUUAUGAUCAACACGACGACUUCCAGCGCGACUAUGACAGAGCAUAUCAAGUAUAUAAUUCAGGUUAUGAUCUAGCCGCAGAUUUGGCUGGUGACAUCAGUCUAGCUCAAAAUCUCGGAAACUAUGGGUUCAUUCCGGAUACAUAUGAAGGCUUGCUAGCACUUUCAGAACGCAUCGGUGAUGCCAAACCUAAAGGAAUCUCAGUGCAAUUUAUGUCACAAUUACCGAGUCGGAAGUAUGUUGGAGGUAGCCUCGUUGGAGAAGAUGCUCGGUGUGCUAUUUGCUUGACAGCAUACGAGGACGGAAAUGAUGUAAAGACGGUUCCAUGCGGUCAUCAGUUCCACGAUGAGGUAUCAUCAAUUCUAUCGAUAUCAUUUAGAGCAGAUGACCAAGCCCGAUUUUUAAUUUUAGUGUGUGGAUUCCUGGUUGAACAAGAAUGGUACUUGCCCAGUGUAAGUUUGAUUGGGGACCCAUUAUAG